AUGGAUAUCCGACGCCAAUUCCCUAACGUGCACUGGAUCUCGAGAGGAGGUAUCUCUUUCGUUUACGAGGUCCACCCUCGCAUUGCGCUCAAGGUCCCGAAGUCAGGAGAAUUUGAAAGGGAACAUUUCGAUAAAGAGCUCGAGAUAUACCGGAUCUUCUCCCAGAAUCCGCCUUGCCGUUCUAUUGUGCAGUGUUUCCUCAUUUCAGGCAACGGCAUCUUCCUCGAGUACAUGAGAGAUAUGUCGCUUUUCCAUAGGAUACAAGAAAACCAUAUCCUGGAUAGACAAACUAUGGUGGUUACUAAAGUGGAAAAGUUGGUACCCCUACCCCCACGAAAGGAAUGGAUGAACGAUCUUGCUCAAGCCGUCGCAUUCCUGGAAUCACUUAACCUCGCUCAUGGUGACCUACGACCUGAAAAUAUCCUACUUGAUCGUGACCGACUAAAACUAUCCGACUUUGAUUCUGCAGCGAAAAUCGGAACGAAGUACGAAGCUUGUAUGGCUCCAUAUGGCAGAAUAUUUAAUAACAACGAGACGGACCAAGGAAAUCGUGGAACUCCUGGCUUCCUCGGUUCUCGGACAGAACAGUUCGCCCUCGGUUCCCUGUACUAUUUGAUAAACUACGGAUUUGAAGUCUAUGGAGAUCGAUGUCUUACCGAUGACCCUUACGAUCAUGGUCCUAAGGUCGUGGACUUGCUACAGAAUAUGGAUUUCCCGAAACUGGAUGGCAAUCCACUGAUUGAUAAAAUCAUCAGCAAAUGUUGGCAUAACCAAUAUGUCACAGUUGCAGAACUGGCGUUGGAUACAAAAUGGCUUUUGAAUGAAGGAACCGAAGCGGAAGGAAGUAACGGAGUGGGAAACAGAGAGGAAGGAAAUAGAGAGGAAUUUCUGUGGCAAAAGGAAUUUUGUCAGGACCUGGAGAGACGUAGACUUCUCGACUUGCUUUCUUCGGGUGAGCCUGAGCAGAUUGGUUUUACUUUCGAUUGGUAUAGGCAUAGUAUCUGAGGUGAACUGAUUGAGGAGGCGUUCUAUCGAUGAAUAUGAUGGUUACAAA